UUCCUGCUGAACRCCACUGACAUGCGCGCGCAAGUGUAGACGUCAUAUUUAGCCACUGUGACGUCACGUUGUAGUUUGAUCGACACUUAAAAACUUGCGAUUCGUUUAGGAGUGAAGUCAUCCGGUCCACAUUAGAAAGACGAGAGCAAUACGAAAACUGUAUUAAGCAAAACAUAUAGCAAAGAGAUGGAAAAUUUUGAACAUGGUUGAUUUUCAAGUUGGUAAUAGAAACUAAAAGGUAAUCGAGCUGAAGGUGGGUGUGUUAGACUAAUACCAGCUUCCCAAUCAACAUGAAUCCAGAUAACGUUCUAAGAAGGGAAGAUACUGAGAUAGACUUAAUACAACGACGUUUCAACGAGGCAUUGUGCGAUAAGGAUGRCGAGAUAGCUUCUCUAAGAGAAACAAUGAAAAAUAUAGUUUCAAGUAUGAGGUAUGGGAAUACCUUUUCGGAUGCAGAUUUAAGCAUUGUAGAUUACUUCGAGAUGAGAUCAGAGCUCGAAAAGUACAGAAAACUACUUAAAGAAUCAGAAAGAGGCGAAAAAGAACUCUUGGCUUCUCUCAAGGAAUGUAAGUCUGCUUUGAGAGAAAAAGAAGAAGAAGCGAGAAGAUUGAGCGAGGUAUUCAACAGGCAUAAAGAUUGUGUUGAUUUAACGACGGUUGAAAAAUUGAGAAAAUGUUUGGAGGCAAAAAAUGAUGAGGAAAAAAAGAUCAUCAAAAUGAAUGAGUUUCUCCAACAAGCAAUUAAAGAAAAAGACCAGAAGAUUGCGGAACUUAGGUUAUCUUUGUGGGAGGCACAAAGUUACUGUGAAACACGAUCUGCAAGACUCGGGAAAUUAAAUGACGAUACCAUUUUGUCCAAAGAUCGAGAGAUUGACUUUCUGCGCGAGGAGAAAAAACGCUUGGAACAAGAUAUUGAAGGCAUACGGAAAUCAUCUGCAGAAACUUUAGGUUUAAAAGAGGCUGAGAUUGAACGAAUGAGAAGAGCUGCGACAAAUUUCCAAGAUGCUGUCAAGUUAGAGGAUACGACGAUAUGGAAAUUGCAAACAGCGCUGGAACUGAAAGAAAAGGAAUUGUUUAGUGUAGAGAAAAGUAGGAAGCUUGAGAUUGAAGCAAAGACUGAGGAAUUCGAAAGAACGAGGAAAGAGUUAGAAGAACGAUUGUGUUUGAUAAAGACUGAACUGCARAAUGUCAAAGACAAUGCCGAUUUGGCACUGAGAGACAAACAGUUACAUGUCGAAGACCUCAUAAGGRCCAUCGAUGAAGAGAAUCGCAAUUCAAGCGCUGAAAUACUUGAAAAGGAUAAAGAGAUUGAAAAUCUUAAGGAGAAGGUAACUGAAAUGGAGGAAGUACUACGAUCUAAGGAAAAAAAAAUUGACGAAACAAAAAAAUUUUUAUCGAAUGCUGAAGACUCUGUGAAGAAACUCCAAGAAGAAUUGUCCUUGAAGUUGAAGCAUCACGAAAUGGAAAUUGUGCAUCGUAACAGCAUUAUGGAGAGUCUUAGAAAAGCUAAAGAAAUAUCCGAGCAGACUUUGAGCAACAAUAUUCAUAUGCUGCAGCAGAAACUCAAUGAAGCAAAUAAAGAAAUAAUUCUUCAUGGGGAAAAUGAGAUAAAAGUUGAGAAGUUGAGCCGAAGCAACAAAGAUAAGGAAUUAGAACUUGUCGAGCUGACGAAAGCUGUGAACGAGCUUGAAGAAGAAAACAAAACACUGAAGGAACGAGUUCAUUUUCUUAACUCCAACUUGGAGAAGAAGGUUUCCACUCUAGAAACGACCGUAGAUUAUGUUGAGGUGCUGAAGAAAGAGAAGAGAAAUAUGGAAGAAGAGAUUCUUUGUUUAAAACGUAAACUUUCAGAUAGCAGAAUUAAGAACAACAAGUAUGAAAUGGCUCUUGACAACUUGGAAAUAUCUUCUGAAGAGACCGAGGACGAAGGGAUCAGGAUUGUAAAUGACAGAGGAAUUGGUAAAACGAGCUUCUUGCAUGGCAAGGAAAGUGAAUCAGAACUAUACCUUAGAGACGAAAGUUUUGCGACCAACAACGACGAGAGAUUUCAAGUAUUGGGGUUGGACAAUGAAGAUGUUCAAGAGCUCAAAAAAGAACUUAACGUUCUGAAAUUGAGAUGCAAGGAAAAGGAAGAAAGUUCCUAUUUAAUGAAGACGAUGUUGGAGGAGUCGGAAAAGAUGAUAAGAAAUUUAGAAUCAAGGAUCCAAAAGCUUUCUAAUGCUGUGGAGGAUGAGAAAGACGCCCAUAAAAAAACUGCCAAAGACAUGCAGGAACUGCUGAGCAUGAAUGAAAUUCUUGUUGACGAAGUGCAGAAGUUUGAAACACUUCAAGACCAGCAGAUAGAGGAGGUGAGGGGAUUUUAUGACCUACUUGAUGAAGAAGAAGAAGGUCUUACCAACGGUUCUACCCCAAAAUCUUUGCGUGAUAGAACAAAACCAUCUUUUCCAAAGACGACAAAGUCUAAAAAAGAGUUUGAAGAUAUUUUCUGGAGAAAGAAAAGCGAGAAAGAUGGUGCAGAUUCUAAAGAGGUACUGAUGAGUAAGAUGAAAAAAACUCUUUCUGAAAAGACAAAAUGGAAUAGUAAAAGGUUUCAGGAUAUGAACUUAUUAAUCAACCAAACUCUCGCAAAAAAAAACCUCGAGUUGAAAGCCUUAAAGAAAAAAAAUGAACAACUGCAAGAGCUUUUGGAGAACAAAGAACUGGAAAUUUCUUCAGGAAAGGAGCUUAUUAUGAGCCGCCAAAAGUACAAAAGGCAGAUGGAAGAGUUUAAGGAAUAUAAGGCUAAGGCAUUUGAAGAAUUUGACAAAGAGAAAAAAGAGUUACRGCAAUCAAUGAUGAAAGAAAUUGCUUCAAAAGAAAAGGAAAUACAAAACCUUGUUGACUGUUCUAAAGAAACUUUGGAGAAAAAAGAAGAAAUUAUUGCAGGAUUUAAACAGUUUAUACAAGAAACAGCUUUAAGAAACAAAAAUUCCCUUUCAGAAAAAGAGGAUAUCAUAAUUUCAAUAAGGAAAGAAAUCGAGGCUUUAAAGGAUGAGAAGGAAAAGUUGCAAAAUACUUUAAAUGCUGUUGUCAAGAAAUGCACAGGCUUGGAAAACAAGGUAAAGAAUAGCGACGGAAUCCGGAUUAAAGUGGAAGAAGAGUCGAGGAAUUUGGUAGGAAAAUUAGAAUCGAAAAUCAGGAUGAGAGACGAGUUAAAUAUGAGACUGAAAAGCGAUAUCAAUAACGAACGAAAAAUGAGGGGGAAAAUGGAAAUUGAAAUUGAAAAAUUAAGAGAAAUGCUUAAGAACGAAGAACUAUUGUCACAAGAGGGUGAAAAGAUUUUAAGACACGUAACAGAUGAGAAAGAACAAGAGAGUAGGAUACUGCGGGAGAAAGAAGAACAGUGUAACAAUCUUGAAGGCGCUCUAACAGAAAAGCAAAACAUGGUCCACCUUUUAAAGCAGGAAAAGAAAGACUUGAUAAAAGAAAAUGAACGACUUAAAAACAACGAUGGUAAAUUGACAAAAAAGAUUGAUAACAAACAAGAAAAAAUAGAAGAACUCAAGGUUGUGAUAACAGAAUUGAAGGAGGUAGUCGUUAAGUUCAAACAAAAAGUUUCCAAGACAGAACAGUUGAAUCUUGUAUUGCGAGAACGACUCGACCAGAAAAGUAAAGAAAAUAUAGAGAAAGAACAAGAGAUAAAAAAUCUAAGGAUUUUAAACGACAAGAUUCGUGAUGAACAACAUGUCUCUGGAAAUAAGUUGUCGGAACUUGAAACACAGAUUAAAAAUCUUGAAGACAAGCUACAGGAUUUGACGAAAGCGUUAGCAGAAUCACAAACUAUGAAUAGUGGCCUCAAGAAAUCUUUGGAAAGCAGCAAAGCUUUAAGUGAAAAGCUUGAGAUAAAAGUAGUCGCAUUCGAGGAGGAACUGAGGAAAAAAGAACAAGAAAUAUCUGUCUUGGAAUUAGCAAUUGAAGGACUUAAAGAAGCGAAACAAAGUCUAAUAUUACAGAAAGAUGAAAUUGGAAGGAUUAAGGAUGAGGAGAUUGAAAGUCUUAGAAAGGAGUUAGAAUGUUCAAGGAUAUAUCUUAAUCAAGGCGAGGAAAUCAUCAAUAAUGUAGUGAGAGAGAAAGAUAACUUGAUUCAAGAGCUUGGAAAGACAAUUGAAAUGCAUAAAAAUGCUGCUUUAACCAUGGAAUCGUACUACAAAAGCCUACAGCAUGACAAAGAAACGCUUGUAGAGAAGACAAACGCUCUUGAAAAUGAACUUUCAGAGAGGAAUAAGAAGAACAUUGAAUUGAAUAGUGCUCUACAAGCUGCCGAAAUGUCCAUAAGAUUUCUUUCAGAGAACAUGGAUAAGCUGAAUUCGGUGAAACAAGUUUUGGAGAAGAAACAAGAAGAGAAUGCAUUGUUGAGGAGUAAAGUAAAAGAACAUGAGGAGUUAAACGAUAAAGAAAUGCAAAAUAAUCGCAGGAAAAUGAGAAAAAAUGAAGAAGAGUUUUUGAAGCUGUGUGAAGAUUACCAAAAUCUGGAAAAUGUUCUACGACAAACAGAAAAGGAUCUUAAAAAGGCUGAGAGCGGUAAUAACGAUAUAAAGCAAGACAACCAGGAGCUCAGAGAAAUCGUAGAUAACACGAACCAGAUGAAUAAAGAAAUAGAAAAAGCAAUGCUGAAGUACAAGGAAGAUGCAGAGAGGAUGGAAAAUAUGUUGUCUCAGCUGAAGACCGAUAAUGAUUUCUUGCAAGAGUUUGCAAAGGAUACGGAGAAGAUUAAGCUGAAGUUGAAUGCUGUGGAAGUGCUGUGUGUUGUGUUGGUGGUGGAGAUGGUUGUGGUCGCGUUGACGCAAUCUCAGCUGGAGACACGUGUGCAAGCAUCAGAAAAAGAGAUCAAGGAGCUACGAGUAAUGUUGGAGGAGAGAACUAGGGAUGUGUCUUUGAUUAAAGUUGACAAAAAUAAUCUUGAAAUGCAAAAGAGAGAAGCUGACAUGAAAAUUAUGGAGUUAACUAACAGCUUGAAGAACGAGACUGCCUUCCAACAGAUCGUCUCACAGAGGAACCAAGAGUUGGAAUUAGAAGUCAGACAAAUACAUCGCGACAAAACCUUAGGAUUAUUAUCACCAAGGCUUCCAAAUAAUCCACAACCCAGCCGUGAUCUAGAGGUAGUCUAUCCUGACUUGGCAGCAGAACGAAGCUUACAGCAAAAAGUCGAUAACAUUGCGGUGGAUAAAAUCCGUACUUUACACUCAAAGAAAGCACAGCUUGAAAUUGAGCUUGAAAAGGAGCGACAUGAAAGAGUCAAGGACCAUGCUGAACUCGCUCGACUUAAAGCCAAAUUAGCUGUCUACAGAUCAUGCAUYUUGGUAUCCACCCCCUCCCCCCGGGUGGGUCAUACCAAACCCUCCCCCACCGAACCCCCCGUUGUCAACCAAGUUARAUGCACCAUUGCCUCCUUCGAUGAAAGCUUUGGCUGGAUUUCCGAUUGCUGUAACCAUCCCAUCACCACGAAAACCAGCGCCACUGCUGGCCAGAAUUGUGUUACCAGGAUCGAUAUUAAUAGCCCGGCCACCAUUUCCAUUGACUCCUCCUUCACGGGUGCCAUUUGUUCCAGCUUGUCCAGGAUCACCGUCAUGGUACGCCGGCAUGCUAAUUCCCCCGCCUCCUCCCCCACCGGCUACAAGCAGAGGUUUUAGUUCUUCAGCAAGUAAGACAAAUGACCCCCCUCCACCUCCACCUGGGAGUUCUGCAAAAUUACUUUUGGUGCGUCCUUUUUGACCAACGAGGAUUUUCAAUCUCAUUCCUUGCUCAAGCCGGAAAGU